GGAGUUCCCGAGUAUCGCGAGAAGCGCGCUUAGUCUGCACGCCGAGGUCCGCGCUGUGGCCCGUGUUUUCUGUGUGAGAGGAAAAGAUGCUAGAACCACAGGAGAAUGGCACGAUUGACCUACCAGAUUAUGAGCAUGUAGAAGAUGAAACUUUUCCUCCUUUCCCACCUCCAGCCUCUCCAGAGAGACAAGAUGGUGAAGGAACUGAGCCUGAUGAAGAGUCAGGAAAUGGAGCACCUGUUCCUGUACCUCCAAAGAGAACAGUCAAAAGAAAUAUACCCAAGCUGGAUGCUCAGAGAUUAAUUUCAGAGAGAGGACUUCCAGCCUUAAGGCAUGUAUUUGAUAAGGCAAAAUUCAAAGGUAAAGGUCAUGAGGCUGAAGACUUGAAGAUGCUUAUCAGACACAUGGAGCACUGGGCACAUAGGCUAUUCCCUAAACUGCAGUUUGAGGAUUUUAUUGACAGAGUUGAAUACCUGGGAAGUAAAAAGGAAGUUCAGACCUGUUUAAAACGAAUUCGACUUGAUCUCCCUAUUUUACAUGAAGAUUUUGUUAGCAAUAAUGAUGAAGUUGCGGAGAAUAAUGAACAUGAUGUCACUGCUACUGAAUUAGAUCCCUUUCUGACAAACUUAUCUGAAAGUGAGAUGUUUGCUUCUGAGUCAAGUAGAAGCCUAACAGAAGAGCAACAACAAAGAAUUGAGAGAAAUAAACAACUGGCCUUGGAAAGAAGGCAGGCAAAGCUGCUGAGUAAUAGUCAGUCCCUAGGAAAUGAUAUGUUAACGAAUACACCCAGGGCACACACGGUUGCAGAGGUUAAUACUGAUGAGGAUCAAAAGGAGGAGUCAAAUGGAUUAAACGAAGACAUUCUAGACAAUCCAUGUAAUGAUGCUAUUGCCAAUACUUUAAAUGAAGAGGAAUUAAAACUAGAGGAAACACUGCUGGACCAGUCUUUUAAAAGUGUGCAACAGCAACUUGAUGCUACAUCCAGAAAUAUUACUGAAGCUAGGUAAGUUUCCAUUAAGAGAAAAUGUAUCUGUUAAGUCAUCAUCCUGCAAGCUUGGCGUUACUAUGUAUUUUUUCUUCUUGGAGUGAAAAUCCUUAGGUAGUAAAACUUUUAUAGAUUAUUGUUUAAAAUCUGAUAAUCUGGUAUUUAUUUAUAAUUAUGCUUGUCACUUUAGUUAAAUCUAUUUGUUCUCUUUAGUGUUUGUUUUUAUAUAGGUAUUUCUUCAUAAAAUGAUUAGUAGGUAAU